AUUAAAACUAUAACUUAAUUUGUUUCAGGUUUGUUUUUUGGAGUUCUCGCAUCGAAGCCAACAAAUAAUGCUACAUUGGGUGAAUUACCUGCCAAAGAAAGGAACAGGAGGUUAAUACCAUACAUGACAUAUUACCUCAGCCAAGGGCAAAACCAACCUUACAGAGCUGUGAUGGCAGUGCCAUAUUUAGCGGUUCCCCAGUAUAGGCAAUCGAUCCCUCAGAGGUACAUACAACAGCCAUCAUCCCUCACCAGAAUGAUAACCCAAAACUAUCUAACAAUGUCAAAACUUGAAAAUCAGAGAACCCAAACAAGAUUUAAUCCAAACUAUCCUCAAGAACUAAAAUAUUAUGUACCACUUCAGAACGCACAAAGCAAUGCAGCACAAUAUCAAAAGAUACCUGCAACUUUUCAAUACUUAAAACCUCAAAUAUCUGAACAACAAGCUGAGUAUGAACAACAAGAGUCACCAGUUGAGCACUAUGCGAAGCCUUCAGCAGAUGAAGUUAUACAAUUUGCAAAGCCUGAAGUACAGCAGUAUGUGACCAAAUACCCUGAACAAUUCUUACACUAUGCAAAAGAAUCUGAUUAUGACACUGGUCAUCAAACUCAAGUUCCACAGUACAUAACAAAAACAGUAGAACCACAACAAUACGCAAUAAAAGAAGAUGAUAUACCAUAUCAAAUACAGAAACCAAGUAUAAAGUAUGUUCAACAGAUACCUCAAGGGCAAAUAAAACACGUUUCACAUACAGCAGAAUAUCCAAGCAAACCGUUAUCAGCAUAUAAACUACAAGCCGAGAAAGAAGGUCAGACAACAUUUACAAUCACCCAAAGCCAAGAAAUAGAAGUAGAGCCUAUGCCAUCAACACCUGCUCCAGCAGCUAAAUAUCAUGCAACAUAUGUUGCCGAUCAAGAACAAUAUAACCCUUAUCAGUCCUAUUACGAUGAAAACGUAGAGGAUGAGGAGCCAGAGGUGAUAGAUAGAAACAUUAAUGAUAUCCUUCGGGGCGGAGUUUCACUAAGUAAAUCCCUACCAGACAAAAUCACGACAGAGAACUUGGAUUCGAGUAUUAAAACCUUAUCAAAAAUAUUAAGAAUACUGCAAGCAGCCCAUUCUCUACCUCAUUCAGCAAAAUCUAUAAUAAAGAGUUUUCCAAACCCAAAUGAAGUGAGAGUGAAAGAUCCACAUGUGAAGUUACCACCUGUACAUGGUCCAAAAGACGACAGUGGAAGUACACCUGGAAGGCCAGGGGUUGAUUAUCCGGUAUAUGACGAAAUACCAGAAACACAUUUUAGCUGCAAAGACCAGAGGUAUAAGGGAUUUUUCGGAGAUCCAGAAACUAAAUGUCAGGUUUGGCAUUAUUGUGAUCUGAAUGGAGGACAAGCCUCCUUUCUCUGCCCCAACGGAACAAUAUUUUCACAGGUAGCCCUCACAUGUGAUUGGUGGUUUAAUGUAAAAUGUGCAUCAACAGCACAACUCUAUGUUCUUAAUGAGCGACUGUAUAAAUUCAUUCUGCCACAAAAACCAAGUUUUCCAGAGGAUUAUGCUGGUCCUUUAGUGGAUCGCUACCUCACUCAGAAAUUCAAGGAAAUAGAGGAGAAGAACAAAAAUAAAACAGAAGAAGUAAGCAAUAAUGAUGAGGAAUUCGAACCACCAUACUCAAUUGAUUUAGCAUCGAAGAAUAAAGUAAGAUCAGCAGGAUAGAAUUUGACAUGGCACCUGAUACGACAACAAAUCUUAAGAGUCUCCUUAUUCGAGUAACAUUGUGAUGAGUGUGAAACCUAGAUGGAUAUACAUAGUUUUAUUAAUAAAAAUAAUUCUGUGAGAAGUUUUCUAGUUCACAAACAAAAGGUUUUCUGAUAAAAACAACAAGAAAACAAAUUGAGAGGCUCGAAAUAGAUAUAAGCUAGUCAUUAAAAUUCCUCAAAUACUUUUCAUUUAAAAUAACUUAUUUAAAAAUACAAUUAAGUAAGCAAUACAAAUCUUUGCUCAAAUUGAAUAUAUAAAAUUUGAGUGCCAAUAAAUUGAGGAUAAAUGCCAUUGUUUGAGGAACAUUAAUAUUAAAACAAACUUGUAUUAUAUUCUUAUCCUUAAUAUUUUUCCUAUAUAGAAUAGCAUUGAUUAUAAAAAUAUGCCUACUAGUAUUAUAUUAUUUAUGCCAUUAAUUGCAACAACAU